AUGGACCUAGAUCCGAACCUAGUUAAUAAUCAUGACGAUACGAACUUGUCCGAGUCGUCGUUCACAAUGGAACAAGAUUCAUCAAGUUAUUCGGACAAUCAAAUGGGCGGAACACCUUCUGCCGGUCACCGAAAAGUCGAUAUGUGGCAGAAUCACAACUUCGACAGCGGUUUUCAAACCAUGAAUCACAGCGAGGCUCCAUCUAUUAUUUCAUCUCUGCAUCCGUCAUCUCAUCUAUCCGGAAUGUCAUCGAUGGCAGACUAUGAGCCGGUUCCAAAUCUAUCAGAUCAACAAAAACAAAAGUUUGAUGGGAUCACCAAAAGUCCGACGGAUGGUCAGUACAACACAGUUCGUGCAAUUCCAGAAUUGACUAUGCUAAUGAAGGACCAAGAUAAUGAAGUUGUGCACAAAGCCGUGAUUCUUAUGCAAAACAUUGCAAAAAUGGAAUGCGACCCAUUACGUCGUCAGAAUGAGGCGCGUAUUGUCGAUCCACGAGUCAUUUUCACACUUCGUGACUUACUUCGCGACAAGGUCGAUCACCCGAACAUCAUCCGAUUCUCUCUCGGUACACUUUUCAAUAUCUGUAACCGUCAAGAAGGCAUCGAUCUUGUCACCCGUGCAAUUAGCGAGCAGCCUGAUAUCAUUCCCAAUCUUAUCAGACACAUUGGUACCUUUCCGAAUUCCAUCUACAAAUAUGCGAUUCUCACCAUGCAUUCGAUUCUGUCCGAUAAGCAGAGAGGGGGACAAAGUGUGACCAUCGCGCGUCAGCAAGAUGCGAUCAUUCAUGUGACGCCAUGGCUAGAAGCUGAAAAAUCGGAGAAGCUUCUUCCUGUCAUCGUAGACUUGAUCAGAGUUUUAUGUGAGAAAAAUAAUGACCAGAAGAUAAAAUUUGUUAGAAUGGGAGGACCACAGAAGUUGUUACUUAUCCUCCAACACAGAGGGUAUGAAAACUUGCUUUGGAGGACAACACAGCUUUUGAAGACAUUUUCCAACUUUGAUGCACCAAACCUUGUGGCUUUUGGUGGACGGCAGAUUCUAGCAAACCUACUAUCACAUGGAAGUCCUCGACUCGUUUUAUCUACUUUGGAAACGUUGAGAAACAUUAGUGAUGUUCCCAGCAAACAUAAAGAAGAUAUCCUACUCAAAUCUUUGCUGGAACUAGUCAACUCUAGAAAUGCAAUCAUUCGGCUCUACUCUGGACAAAUUAUGUCUAACUUGGUUGCUAACAAUAGACCGAACAAGGAGUUCAUGUGUGGAAAUCAUGGAGUUGUGAACUUGGUUCGAGCGCUUGCACUCGCAACAAAAGAUAUGGCUGACUUGAGAGACAAAGAAGCGCAACAAAUGGAGGAUUAUGUUGAAAGUUUAAUUUGCACUCUAAAGAAUCUAUGUGUGGGACAUGCGAUGAGUGAUAAGGUUCAAGCUUUCGUGUUCCGAGACCCUGCAUUGUUUCUACACAAACUGCUUACCAUGAGACCGUUAUUACUAAAACAUACCCUAGGUUUAUUACUCAAAGUUGUUUCACAAAAUGUGUUACUCGCUCCAUUCCGCCUAUGUAGGAUUGGCGAGAUAGGAUUUGUGGAGCAGUUGAUUCAUAUUUUACGAGUAGCCUGCACACAAUUGAAUGUGCAAGAAGUGAUAGAAGGCGUUCGUGUGAAGGAUAUUGUGCACUUAUGCAUUCAAAUACUGCGGUCGAUUACCAGAGAUCAAGAUAUUUUGAAUGAGGUUGUCUUUUUCUUGCAAACACCUGAAAAUAGUCGGAUGGGCGAUGGGCACACUCUUCCAAUUUUUGUACUCCAAAAAGCGAACAUUGAAGAAAAUACAAAGUCAUCUACACUAGCCCUAAUUUAUAAUUUGAUGCAUCAUGAAGGAAUGGCAGAUGUUUUGGACAGAGAUGAUACACUUUCCAAAAUGUUGCAAAAUGUUCAGAUGCAAUCAGUGACUCAUCCUGAUUUAGCAAACUUGGCUACCAAUAUUCUCAAAAUGAUAUAUGAGAAGAGAGAACGUAGCAGGACCGCUUACCCUCGAUACAAUGCUUACCUAGAGAACCAAUUUGGUCACCUUAGUAUGGCAACACCAAGAAGUGAGAUUCUGAAUAGCAGUGGAGAAACAUAUGAAGGUGCGGGGGAACAAUGGUCACAACCAUUGAGUGAUGAUUCUAUGGCGGAGUCAUAUUGUAACAGUUCUGGCAGAGAUUCGUCGAAAACAUACAACUCGCCAAUGUAUCACUCCCCUGCUGUAAUGUAUCCAGAUUGUCCUACAAGCCUUCCAGAAACCUACUAUGACCACCAUGCGCCAAAUUCAUACCACCCUCGACCAACACCUCCACAAUACAGCAGUUACGAAAAUAGUCCUCCAGUCUACAAUGAUCUUCCAUCUAACCCUGGACCAAGUAGUCACCUCUCAGAUCAGCAUCCUGUCAGAAACCACCGAUUUUAA